AUGGAGAGCCCCGGCGAGGCGGAGGAGGAGGCCGCCGCGCGCCUGGCCGACCCGCUCCGCCGCCCCGCCGGCCGCUUCCACAAGCGCGCGGCGGCGCGCGGCGACGGGGCCGAGGCGCCGCCGGGCUCGGAGGCGGCCGAGGCCCCUCCGCCGCCCGCCCUGUCCUCCUCGUCGGGCUCCGACGAGGCGGCGGCGGCGGAGCACCACCCGCCCCGCCGCCACCACCCCCACCGCGCCCACCACAAGGCCUCCCCGCUGCUGAGGCGCCGCCGCCGCCGGGGCCGCCCCGACCGCCUCCUGCUGCUCGGCCCCGGCGGCGGAGGGCAGGAGGCGGGCGGCGGCGGCGGCGGGGUGCUGCUCUUCCCGGCCGCGCUGGGCCCGGAGGACGACGAGGAGGAGGAGGAGAACGGGGACGGCCUGGAGGAGGACGAGGACGCCGACGAGGAGGCCGGCGAGGCGGGCAGCAGCGGGAGCGCGGGCAGCGGGCCCUCGUCGGAGCCCCGCAAGCGGGGCCGCGGGCUGGCGGGGGCCUUGGCGCCCUCGCCCUCCUCCGCCUCGGCCGCCCGCGGCUACGAGGUGGUGCGCGAGCUGGGGCCCGAGGAGGUGCGCUGGUUCUACCGCGAGGACCGCAAGAGCUGGAAGCCCUUCAUCGGCUACGACUCGCUCCGCCUCGAGCUGGCCUACCGGGCCCUGCUGCUGCGGGGAGGCGGGGGGCGGCGCUCGCCCAGCCCCCCCGCCGGCGGGGGCGGGGGCUCCUCCGCAGGGCCCAGCCCCGAGCGCGGGGGGUCCCCCGGGGACCUGGGGCCCGAGCCGGUGUGCGUCCGCGGGGGCCUCUACGAGGUGGACGUCGCCCACUACGAGUGCUACCCGGUCUACUGGAACCAGACAGAAAAGAUUCCUGUAAUGCGUGGCCAGUGGUUUAUUGACGGCACCUGGCAGCCCUUAGAAGAAGAUGAGAGUAACCUGAUAGAACAAGAACACCUCAGCUGUUUCAAGGGGCAGCAGAUGCAGGAGAACUUUGAUAUGGAAAUAUCAAAACCUGUGGAUGGAAAAGAAGUUAUCUACUACCUCCCUCCCUUCUCCCUCCAUUCUCUGUUCAAAUGGAGAGGAUAUAAAGAGAAUGCAGAGGCGACAGGGCUUAAACGCAAGCGGUCCGAAGCUAUCCAUAGCUUGAAGCUGAGCCGCACCCACGUGGACUGGCAUAGUGUAGAAGAAGUCUAUCUUUACAGUGAUGCGACAACUUCGAAAAUUGCAAGAACCGUCACUCAGAAGCUGGGGUUUUCCAAAGCUUCGAGCAGCGGGACGAGACUUCAUAGAGGCUAUGUGGAAGAAUCGACGUUAGAAGACAAGCCGUCGCCCACCACCCACAUUGUGUUCGUCGUGCACGGCGUUGGGCAGAAAAUGGACCAGGGAAGGAUUAUAAAAAAUACUGCACUGAUGCGGGAUACGGCAAGAAAAAUAGAAGACAAAUAUUUUAGCAACCAUGCCACACAUGUUGAGUUCCUGCCUGUCGAAUGGAGAUCGAAGCUUACCCUUGAUGGAGACACUGUUGACUCUAUUACUCCGGAUAAAGUCCGUGGCUUAAGGGACAUGCUCAACAGCAGCGCGAUGGACAUAAUGUAUUACACCAGUCCCCUCUACAGAGAUGAAUUAGUAAAAGGCCUUCAGCAGGAGCUGAACCGCUUGUACACGCUUUUCUGUUCGCGGAAUCCAGACUUCCGAGCAAAGGGCGGGAAAGUGUCGAUUGUGUCGCACUCCUUGGGAUGCGUGAUCACCUAUGACAUUAUGACAGGGUGGAAUCCGGUCAGGCUCUAUGAACAGUUGCUUGAGAAGGAGUACGAGGACCUUGAAGACACCUGGAUGAGCUACGAGGAACAGCAUUUGCUAGAAGAGUUUUACAUAACCAAGCAGCGAUUGAAGGAAAUAGAAGAGAGGUUGCAUGGCCUGAAGACGUCCACCGUAUCCAAACCACCUGCCUUAAAAUUCAAGGUUGAGAAUUUCUUCUGUAUGGGAUCUCCAUUAGCAGUGUUUUUGGCCUUGCGCGGCAUCCGUCCAGGAAACAGUGGAAGCCAAGAUCGCAUUCUGCCCAGAACUCUUUGUAACCGGUUGCUAAACAUUUUUCAUCCAACAGAUCCAGUGGCCUACAGACUAGAACCUUUAAUUCUGAAGCACUAUAGCAACAUUUCCCCCGUCCAGAUCCACUGGUACAACACCACGAACCCUCUACCUUACGAGCACAUGAAGCCAAGUUUCCUCAACCCGACAAAAGAACCUACCUCAGUUUCUGAGAGCGAAUCCGUCCCAACGAUACCCAGCCCAACGACGUCGCCUGUCAUGGCGCGGCGGCACUACGGAGAGUCCAUAACGAAUAUAGGCAAAGCAAGUAUAUUGGGGGCGGCCAGCAUUGGGAAAGGCCUCGGAGGGAUGCUCUUCUCGAGGUUCGGGCGUUCGAGCGUGCCCGCCUCCCAUGCCCUUGAAGCGGGAAAAGAAGGGCCAGAAGCAGAGGAGAAGAAGGCGGCCUGUAGUCAAACCUCCAGUCAAGCCUCCAUUGGAACUCAGACCUUCCCUCAUAGCAGUUCUGGCUUCUUGGACCCAACACUGGAGCUGGAUCACAGGAUCGACUUUGAGCUCAGGGAAGGCCUGGUGGAGAGCAGAUACUGGUCGGCCGUCACGUCACACACGGCUUACUGGUCGUCCAUGGACAUUGCUCUCUUUCUCCUCACCUUCAUGUACAAGCAAGACCAAGAGGAAGAGGAUGGCAUCAAAUCACACCCAGACUCUGUUUGA